UUGUAGUAAUAGUUGGUGGAUAUGGCAUUCGGCCUUGUCUUCGGCACGUAUCCUUAUAUCCGAGAUAACAAUUGACAGGCUGAGGUUACUGUUUCCCCGCGUCUGUUGUCUUCAUAUGCGUGACGUUCCCCUCUCGCGCGACUAGACGCGUUUCUUACUGUUCUCUGAUCUACACAGCAUACCCUCUCCUUCUUUCUUUUCACUUUCCAGUUCAGUGUACCCCAGAUCCUCAAUAUGGGUAAAGAAGGUCUCCGCUAUGCAGCGAAAGUGUCACUGGACAAGCCAGCAUCAGAGCAAGAGUGCCUGCACAACCGCUGGCACCCCGAAAACCCCUCGUUCGCCACUAUCAAGCCCGGUGAAGCCGUCAAGAUCGAGUGCGUAGACUGGACUGGUGGUCAAAUCGGCAACAAUGACUCUGCAGAUGAUGUGCGGGAUGUCGACCUUACUAAGAUUCACUAUCUAACCGGACCUUUCGAUAUUGAAACCGCAGAGCCGGGUGACGUCCUCGCUGUCGACAUUCAAGAUGUACAGCCGUUAGAGGACCAGCCUUGGGGGUUUACAGGUGUGUUUGCAAAGGACAAUGGCGGUGGAUUCUUGGAUGAACUCUACCCUGAGGCGGCAAAGGCCAUCUGGGACUUUGAAGGCAUCUUCUGUAGCUCUCGCCAUAUUCCCGGCGUGAGAUUUGCAGGCCUCAUUCACCCUGGCAUUCUAGGCUGCGCGCCCUCUGCCGAAGUCCUGGAGACUUGGAACACUCGCGAAGCCGAACUCAUCUCUACACACACCCAUCUGAACCGCGACGUGGCUAAACCGCCUGAGCCUCAGAACGCCCACGCAGGUUCUGCAACAGGAUCUGUAAAAGAGAAGAUUGCCAAAGAAGGCGCGCGCACUAUUCCAGGUCGUCCUGAACACGGGGGUAACUGUGAUAUCAAGAACUUGUCGAGGGGAUCUAAAGUUUUCUUGCCGGUGCAUGUCAAGGGUGCAAAGUUUAGUGUUGGAGAUUUACAUUUCAGUCAGGGCGACGGCGAGAUAUCCUUCUGCGGCGCAAUCGAGAUGGCAGGCGUCAUAACAAUCAAGUUCAGCGUCAUGAAAGGCGGCAUGAAGCAACUCGAUAUGAAGAGUCCAAUUUACAUCCCAGGCCCCGUCGAACCGCAGUUUGGUCCUGGAAGGUAUAUUUACUUCGAGGGCUUCAGUGUGGAUGAACACGGGAAACAGCACUAUCUCGAUGCGACGGUUGCGUACCGACAAACUUGUCUGAGGGUAAUUGAGUAUUUGAGACGAUUUGGUGAGUUUGCAAUUCUUCUUUCUGCGUUUUUUGCACGUAUUCUCUUCCCAUGUUCCGCGCUCGUCUCUGCCAAUUCUAGAUUCCUUGGCCUUUUGGUUUUUUUUUGGUUUGAGGAGUGUAGUGGCGAAGGGGCGCUGGCCCGAGGUUUCAUCAAGUUUCUUUUUUCUCAGAUAUCCUUUACUAACGAUAGCACAGGGUACAGCGACUACCAGAUCUAUCUCUUGCUCUCUUGCGCCCCGGUUCAAGGUCACAUAGCUGGUAUAGUCGAUAUCCCCAAUGCAUGUACGACUAUAGGUUUGCCGAUGGACAUCUUCGACUUUGACAUCAGUCCGCAUGUUCCCGCUGAGAAGCGCGAUCUCGGGUCUUGCGCAUUUGCUGGCAAGAAGUAGACCGUGGUCUGUGUGUGUAGAACGUUUACAGGGAUUGUGGGGAUUGGGUCGGAGGAUGGCGCAAUGUGGCUGAAGCUUAGCGGUUAUUGUGCUAUUUCAAUCAGUAUCUCCUAGUAGGCAAUCAACGUCAAUUUACCUUUUCCAAGGCGUUCAAAAGGCUUGUAGAACUAAUAUCUCUAUAUAAGAAGUAGCGUUGGUCGCGCUUCGUGAGUCUAGUCAAACAUUCUAACAGACUCAUUGUCUUUCUUCUUUAGCCAAGG